AUUUGGAUAGAUGUCCAUUAGCACUUAACUGUUAAGUGGGCUUUAGAGGACAAAGCUAUAGCCCAAUAAAGAUCCAACAGAGUGGUUCGGGUUAUCCGGAGGUCUUAUUCCGUUUUAGCGGGAUGCUUCUAUCUUCUCCGGCAAACACUCUUCCUUCAGUCAAAAUGGUAGCGUCUGCAAUUACCGGAACUUCAAUUAUGCCAGUCUCUUUCCGCCACCAAACUUCCUCUCUGCCUUCCUCUAGAAGCUUAAGGAAAAAUGUAGUUUCUGUUCUCCAAAGUCCAUAUUCUGAUUCAUCAGCUAUUGGAUUUUCAAGCAACAAGUUGAGGAUCCCAUUAAAGCUCAAUGAGCACGAAUCCGAAGCUUUUACCAAUUCAAGAUAUGGUGUUAUUGAAGCAAAAGAGGGGAUCAGCAAUCCACCCAUCAUGCCUGCCGUGAUCACACCAGGGGGUGCUUUGGAUCUUUCUACUGUGUUGUUCAGGAAUCGAAUUAUCUUCAUUGGAACACCAAUCAACUCUGCAGUUGCUCAGAAAGUAAUAUCACAACUUGUGACCCUUGCAACUAUAGAUGAAUACACAGAUAUUUUGAUCUAUCUUAACUGUCCUGGUGGAAGCACGUAUGCUGUUUUGGCAAUAUAUGACUGCAUGUCAUGGAUAAAGCCUAAGGUUGGUACAGUAUGUUUUGGAGCUGCUGCGAGCCAAGGAGCACUUCUUCUUGCCGGCGGAGAAAAAGGCAUGAGGUAUGCAAUGCCAAAUGCACGUAUAAUGGUUCAUCAACCUCAAAGUGGUUGUGGAGGGCACGUGGAGGAUGUGCGACGCCAAGUAAACGAAGCAGUUCAAUCUCGCCAGAAAAUUGAUAGCAUGUAUUCUGCCUUCACCGGCCAACCAAUUGAGAAGGUGCAACAGUACACUGAAAGGGAUCGCUUUUUGUCUGCCUCUGAGGCCAUGGAGUUUGGUCUCAUUGAUGGGAUGCUAGAAACAGAAUACUAGUUGCACAUGACACCUUGCCUUCAGAUGAUAAAAACGCUGUUGUUGAUCACUUAACUACUUGGAAAGACAAGAAGCUGGCUCUUGCAAGUUUGUGUGACAUACUUCAAUCCAAUUGAUGAACGUUCAAGAUCUCCAGAAGUAUAUUUUUGAAGGUUCACCGAAAGCAAUCUUGUAUUACUCAAGCAGUUUCACCCGUAUUAAUCAAAGUCAUGAUUUAUUCAUCACUUAAUUGCAAUUCAGUGGGAACUGGGAAGCAAAGUGGUCGAACACAUAGAAGAUGCAGGAGGCCGUAGUGUACUUUUGAAAUUUUUUAAUUUGGGUGAGACACAACCAACACCAUUUACUUUUUGCCAAGUGUUUUUGUGGGUCUCAUCUGGUCAUUCAAUGUUCCUCUACCCUCAUUUCCUCGUAUUUUCUUUUGGUCCAUUCUUGCAUUUCACUAUUUUACCGGUACUCUCUCUUUUUUCUCAACAAUGCUUCUCUAUUUUAUACUUUGUCCGUUUUAUUUUA